AUGAUUGAGGGUAUUGAAUGGCUUCCAUGUGACCUGUUAAGUAGCCUGUUGCAGAGUCCCAGUGCGGCCAAAUUAUUGAACCAGCCAAUCCCUAUCCUUGAUACGGAGAGUGAAUAUAUCUGUUCCCUGGCACUGGAGUGCCUGGCACACCUCUUCAGCUGGAUCCCUUUGUCUACCAGUAUCACUCCAUCACUCCUCACCACCAUUUUCCACUUUGCUCGCUUUGGCUGCGACACCCGCGUUCGGAAGAUGUCUUCUGUCAACGGCAGCAGCCAGAACUCAGUGUUGGGACAGGAGCGUGGCCGACUUGGUGUCUUGGCUAUGUCUUGCAUCAACGAACUGAUGUCUAAGAACUGUGUGCCCAUGGAGUUUGAAGAGUAUUUGCUACGGAUGUUCCAGCAGACUUUCUACCUCCUGCAGAAGAUUACCAAGGAGAACAACGCCCAUACGGUGAAGAGCCGGCUAGAGGAACUGGAUGAAAGAGUACUGUGCUGGGGGAGACAGGCAGAAAGCUACAUUGAGAAGUUCACGGACUUUCUCCGUCUCUUUGUGAGCGUCCACCUACGAAGAAUCGAAUCCUACUCCCAGUUCCCCGUGGUUGAAUUUCUGGCACUGUUGUUCAAAUACACUUUCCAUCAGCCUACCCAUGAAGGUUACUUUUCCUGCUUAGACAUCUGGACUCUCUUCUUGGACUAUCUGACUAGCAAAAUUAAAAGUCGCCUGGCAGACAAAGAAGCAGUACUCAACAGGUACGAAGAUGCCUUGGUUCUGUUGCUGACAGAGGUGUUGAAUCGAAUCCAGUUCAGGUAUAACCAGGCACAGCUGGAGGAGCUGGAUGACGAGACACUGGAUGAUGAUCAGCAGACCGAGUGGCAGCGGUACUUGCGCCAGAGCUUGGAAGUGGUUGCAAAAGUCAUGGAGCUCUUACCAACUCAUGCCUUCUCCACUCUAUUUCCAGUUCUGCAGGAUAACUUGGAAGUGUAUCUGGGACUCCAGCAGUUUGUGGUCACUUCAGGGACAGGUCACAGGCUGAACAUCACUGCAGAGAAUGAUUGCCGUCGGUUGCACUGCUCCCUGAGGGACCUGAGCUCCCUGCUGCAGGCUGUUGGUCGUUUAGCAGAAUACUUCACUGGGGAUGUGUUUGCUGCCAGGUUCAAUGAUGCUCUUACAGUGGUGGAGAGGUUGGUGAAAGUAACGCUGUACGGAUCCCAGAUUAAACUGUACAACAUUGAAACUGCAGUGCCAUCGGUGUUGAAACCUGACCUUAUCGAUGUGCACGCUCAGUCCCUGGCAGCGCUGCAAGCCUACGCGCACUGGCUCGCACAGUUCUACAGCGAAGUCCACCGGCAGAACCCGGAGCAGUUCAUCUCUCUCGUCUCCACAGCUCUGGAGGCCAUCACACCCCUCAUCAGCUCCAAGGUGCAGGAGAAACUGCUGCUGUCUGCGUGCCACCUGCUCGUCUCUUUAGCCACCACAGUGCGACCAGUGUUCUUGAUCAGCAUCCCAGCAGUACAGAAGGUGUUCAACAGGAUCACAGAUACUUCGGCUCAGCGGCUUCCUGAUAAGGCCCAGGUGCUGGUGUGCAGAGCGCUGUCAAACGUCUUGUUGCUGCCCUGGCCAAAUCUUCCAGAGAGUGAACAGCAGUGGGCAGUUCGCUCCACCAACCACGCCAGCCUGAUCUCUGCCCUCACGAGAGAAUACCGCCAAUUGAAAUCCAAUGCCAUCUUGCCACAGAGGAAAGUGCAGCUGGAGGACA